GAUGAGUAACACUCAAGAAAACAGGGAUGGCUUGACCACCAAGAACAUGUUUGAAAGCUUUCGGGAAAGUACAGCGAACUUAAUAGAAAGUAUACAGAAAGCGUCACAAAAACAAAGUGGACAAAUUAAUUCUCUUAGCUUACAUCAUCUUGUGCACUGUGUCCUCAACUCAGCAUUUAAAAUUGGAAAAGCAAAAGCAGAUUUUAACAAAAUAAGCCAUCUUGAAAGGUCCUUGGAAUUAUGUAGUGAUGCUAUAGAUAACACCAUUUACUAUCAUGGCAACGCAUUUGAUGUAGACUAUGUCCCAAAGUAUUUAGUUCUCCGGUCGGGGCUCCAGUUUUUGAUAGAUGCAGAUUCAUCUUUUAAGGCGGAGUGUGAAAGAGUAGAUUCAUAUUUACACGAGUCCAUUCAGUUGUUUGAUGAAGGUUUGGAGAAGUGGAAACAAAACAGUGACUAUAGUGGGUUCUACAACAUCACACAUUCAACAGAAGACCUCAAUCUACCUGAUGGAGUACCUCAACAUCAUAAUUGGUGGCUAUCAGGUUACGAUGUCAGUCUUCUAGUCUACAACGUCGGGCCAUCUGUAGGUUAA